GGUGUCAUGUCGUGUCUCAUCGUCUUGCUGGGCCGAAACCAACAGACCUACAGGCAACCACGGGAGCCACCAAUACUCAGCGGUGCAUACGCGAUAGGCUUGCUUACCCGCCCAGCAGCUGCUCAUAUCUCUGGAAGCCUCCCGAUCGCACCGUGUCAGUGCCCUUGAACGCACUCAUUUUGCUGCUGAUCCUGCUGCCGUGCCGAGAGCCCGACCGCCGGCCGCGCGAUGCCUUGGAUGCACGAGACGCACCGCUGCUGCCCUGCACGCAACAGACACACAUGAACACACAACAUCGACCACCACGUAGACCGUUCACCGACCUGCGAGGCUGGUCUCUUCUCGUAUCUGCUGCCAGGACUUGAGAGCCGCUCAGUGACGCUGCCGCCCAGUGUGCGGCUGGUCUUGAUGGCCAGCUUCUCGUGCAAAGGCAGGUCUAUUCCUGCAGGCGGGGCGUCACGAAUCUUGGCCAGGUCGAUUUUCGGAAACUGGAACUGAACCUCCGUCACCCCAGCAGUGGGGGAGAGCUCCUCUGCGAAGACACCAAACGUACCGGGACAUACAUGUGCUGGCAAGGAGACAUGUACUUUGUGUCUCUCUUUCACCUGGCCGUAUGAGUUCAUGUUGCAGCCGGCUCCUGGGGCUUGUGAAACCGACCUCUGGCGCACCGUGGUCGGCGAAUGCUGGCUUUGAGCCUGACGGUGUGAUGUUCUUGAAGCUGAUCGACGGGCGCAUGUUGAAUCCUGAGGAACGUGCAAGUCGACAAACUCUGUCUUUUGCUGCGCAAAGCCUACCUGGUGUCUUCCUGAGGUAUCUGAGUGUCCCGUCCAACUCAUCGGCAAUCUCAUCAAUCGAAGUCACCGGCAGACCCCUACAUUCACGCGUCAAGACAGACGGAAUAUUCCCAUGUCUUUGGAGACCGAGGGGCUUACCUGUGUCCUUUCUGGUCCUCCUCGGUCACUGACAUCAGACAGAAAGCGAAACCGUGUCUCCCUUGCGGUGUGUCUUCUCCCGGCGCUUACACAGUGCAUGCUUGGACCGUCUUGCCUCCUUUUCCACGUCCAUUGCGGCCGACGUGAGGGCGAGGGCACCGCCAGCUCCCACCAGACGGCCUGUGGGAAAACCAGAGGUCGUUGUCGCUGCCAUUUUUCUGUCUCAUCACACACCAGGAGUUUUCCGGGGACCAAUGGAGAAGGAGCUGUAGGUAGGCUUCACAUCGGAGUAAAACGUCUGUACACCAAACCCAUACAAAUCUACCUGCCUGUCUGGGUCUGCGCGUCUCGCCUUCCCCUCUCACCGUCGCCUUCUUGUUGACGAUCGCAUCAAAUAGCCGCGGCCCAUUCUUCAUGUUCGCAUGCUCAAUGAGGUCUGACGUCCAUCUCUUCCGCGCCCUCUUGGGGGCCGCCUUGCUGCUCUUGAGUUUCAUGUGCACCUCGUGAGGCUCCAGACGCGACGGUCUCUUGCCGGCUGCAGGGCUCUCAUCCCCCCCUGCCAGCGGCUCGAUCGGCGCGCCUUCGAUGGCCAGCUGGAAGGGCUGUGGCUUGAAGAGGGGGGAGGGAGGGGAAGGCUCCUCGGCUGCUGCAGGAGGCGCAGGCUCUUCCUGUAGAGGUGGCUUGGGGGAUGAGGCCGGACGCCACCAUGGGUUUUGUGAUGUAGUGAAGCCGGGGAUCUCUCUCGCCUGAGGCCUGAAGUGGGCCUCGUUGUAGGCUAGCUGCUCGCACUUCUGCUGCUCCUGAAACGCAGCGAGUAGACGAAGUGUGUGAACGUUGCUGUCUGUUGGUGUCUCACUUUAAGCUUGCUCCUGGUCUUCUCUUUGGGUGGCGGUGGGGAGUAUCCCAGCGCCUGCUUUACUCCGCCUCCUGCGGGAAUAAGUUCCAGUGCUGCCUCGUGAGCCCUUGUCGCCUCUGCACAGACACAGGCGAUCGAUCGCAUGCGACUGCCGGUGCGUGUUGCACCUUCGAUCUGUCUCCUCAUUUGCGUGCGUCGCUCCUCCAGGCAUUCGGUGCGCGUGCGCCCAGCGGCAGGGAUAGUGGAUGCUGCAGCAGCGGCAGCAAAGAUGCAGGCGGGAACGUGAAGGUCACCAUUGAGCUCUUGAUAUCUCCCACUGUCUCACUUGUGCAUUCGAGGCGUUCCUUCUCAGCCUCCCUCUGAGGGUCAAGUGGGGCCGGCAGCUGCGAGAGACCUGACAGGAGGAGAAGAAGGAUAUGGACACACGUGCCCACCAGUGGUUGAAGACUUUUCUCUCUAUCUGACCGAAUCUGGGUCGGAACGAUAGCUUCUCAGCGUUGAGGCGCUGACGAGGAUUGACACCCCUGAUGGACAGCAAAGAUGAACAUUAAACUCGCAAAGCUGAAGAUCAACUCACGUUGGCUCCUGUUUGAGAUCGGACUGCUGUGCCGGCGGCUGCGGGACGAGGGGAGGGUGCUCCUGCUCCCACUUGAUUGCUCGUGCCUCAGCUGUCUGCUGCAUCUCGGCCUGCACACACCCAUAUGCACACCCACACAGACACCAAGACUCCCAAGGACAAAAUGAACAGGCACCUUUCGCUGGCGAAUGAGGUCGCCCCUGGUCGCAUGGCGAGGAGUCUUCUCGGACAGCGGAUGGGGCGGGAAAGAGGCUAAAGGGGAACAAGGGAAACACCCGCCCGCACCUUCUUCAUUCAGCUUGCAUAGUUGUCCGACCUCACCGAGUGGGUCGGUGUCUUUGCCGUCGGGGAGCUCGCCUAAGGAUUGCACCACGCCCUGCCGCUGGAACACAGGGUAGGGCCGCGAACUGCCCAUCUUGUCCCAUCCGAACUGAUACUUGGACAGCCAACCCUGCACACAAGUGAGAGCCAUGAAUCUCACAUGUAGGGCAUGAGAGAGCGAUACAGGCCCUAAAACCUACGUCAUUGAGAGCCUGUUUGCAGGUCUGCAUCUCCUGCUCGUUAAGCACGCCAUCUCUGUCGGCGUCAAAGCACUUUGCAAUGAAGAAAUCCUUGCCGGACACCCCGCCAUCGCGGUCUGCAGCACAUCCGACAGAUCAUAAUGUCCUUUUUUUCCCUCCUGCUUUUCCAUCCAUACCUAUGUCAAACGAAGGGUGGGGAAUCGUCUCGGCUCGUCUUUUCUCUAGCAGCUGCGUCCUCGUUGCAAUGGCAGGCUGCCUCGUCCAUUCCUCCUUCGGCUUCUCGCUGAGCACUGCCCCCUUGUCCUUGAGCGGCACACGGGCGUGCGUGUGGCCAUAAAUGGUGUAGUUGGGCACCAGCACCUUCAUCGAAAAGAAAAAGGGGAAGGGAGAAGAAGACUGGGGGCGAGCUCGCCAGCCCCCGGGGCGAGCCUUGACUCAGAAAGGGCUUGAGGGAGGCCACAAUCGGCGUUUUGUGGUGGGCAGAGGCGCGGACGCGAUAGGCGAACCGAAACACGAGCUGAAUUCGCGAGAACCAAGUGACU